AUGUGUUUCACUGUUAUUUGUUUUUUAAUUUGUUGAAUCGUAGGAGCGAUUGCGGUUGCUUCAAAUCCUUCCCCCUUUUUUGGCGCGCUUGGGUUGGUGAUAGUAGCGGGAGUUGGGUGUGGGGUUCUUGUAGAAUAUGGAAGUCCUUUCUUGGCUUUGAUUCUCUUCUUAAUUUAUUUAGGUGGUAUGCUGGUUGUGUUUGCGUAUUCUGCAGCUUUAGCUGCGGAACCCUAUCCUGAGUCUUGGCUAAAUCCAGCGGUUGUGGUAUACAUGUGUUGUUACACAGUCGUUGUGAUAGCAGGGGUUAGUGUGUUUUGACAUGAGUGGGUUGGUGCUUUGUCUGGGUCAGCUGAUGAGUGAGGGCCUUUUAACAUUUUCCGUGCUGAUAAUGGGGGGGUAGCGGUAAUGUACUCGGAAGGAGGGUGGAUGUUAGUUGUUGGGGCGGGAGUUCUUCUUUUAACUUUGUUUGUAGUGCUGGAGUUAACCCGAGGGUUGGGUCGAGGUACUCUUCGGGCUGUUUAG